CAUAUCGCGCUUCUUUACCAUGCCAUUGUUUACUUCGAUUCCUUAGAAGAGGCGGGUUGCUGAGCAUAACCCAGUAUGCAGAUUGUAGCAUGCCUAUCUUUCGUGAUUUCACAAUUUAUAAAUGAUUGAACUUUACUAUUCCCUGGUUAUGAUUCUUGUGAUUUCAAAUGUUUUGGAAAAAAGGAGGACGACAAUGGCUGGGAAUUCUGGAGAGUCCAAGAAACUCAAGAGGAGCCAUGCAGUUGACAGGCUAAGCCAUCUUCCUGACAAUGUUAUCCAUCACAUUCUCUCAUUCCUUGACACCAAAUCCUUGGUCCGAACUAGCCUUCUGUCGAGGAAGUGGAGAUCUUUGUGGAAACAUGUUCCCGCCCUCAAUGUCCUCCGUAAGUCCUUCCCUAACUUGUUGAGUUUCACAAAGCACAUAGGCAGGAUCUUGGCUACCCGCUACCGCAGUAUCCCUGUGAGCAGCAUUACCUUCGACUUAUGUGGAGAUAAGUGGCCAGGUGCUGUGAAAAUAUUUGAAAAGAUCAUGAAAUAUGCCGAAUCUCAUGGGGGUGGUGGUGGUCUUCACCAUCUGUCCAUCGUCGAUGAUGAAAUGCAUUUCCUCACGAGAGAUGUGAUCAAUGUAAUCACAGCUUCUCGUCAUAACGAAUCGCUCAAGACACUCAAGUUUGAGAGAUGCUGUCUCCAAUGUGGUGAAUUUGAUAUGGACUUCAAAUUGCUUACAACUCUUGAACUGCAGAAUUGUAUCCUGCAACAUAACUAUACAGUGGAGUCCUUCGAUCCGUUUGGUAAUCUGCCUUGUCUUAAAUACCUGAAGUUAAUUGGAUGCGGUGUAUAUUGUGAAGACACUGGGUUGAAAAUAUCGGGACUUGAGUUGCUUGGCCUUGAAAUUGAGAGUUCAAACUUCUACGGUGGUUAUGAAGUGAUUGCUCCGAAGCUCAAAGCUUUAUAUCUAAGGAAUACGAACCAUCAUCCUUAUCUCCCCAAGUUGAAUCUACCUGCUCUCGAUCAUGCAAACAUCCGUCUUAGUUGGCACAUAUCAUACGGUAAUGCAGCAUCAGAAGAGGAUCGCGCAUUUAUGAAUUUUUUGGGUAGUCUGCGGAAUGUAGAGUCUCUCCAGUUACGUUUCGACAAGGCCAGGAAUAUUAUUGGGCAAGAAGACCACUUUCCUCUUAACAGAAUCAAGGCCUUAAUAAAGCCCGAGGCCCCUCCUUUUACCAGGUUGAAGACCUUGAGGUUACAAUGCGUGGGUCUAAAGAAACUGCCAAACAUACAUUAUGAAGUGAUCCGCUAUUUUUUUGAAGGCUCUCUUAGUACGGAAGAAAGGGUCGUUAAGCUUGAGCUGGUUACUCAAAAGCAGACCUAAUUCUUCCAAUGGUGUCAAAACUAGUAAUAGUCAUAUUCUCAACUUGAAUGCAUGGCAGCCAUGAUCCAAGGACGAGAGAAAUUGAAUGAUGAAUUGCGUUGCUGUUAGUCCAGUCAUCCCGAAAUGUUUAUUUUGCGACUUUCCGCUUGGGUGGAAUGCACAAAGUGUGUCUGACUUUGUGCUAAUCUGUGUUCAUGAAGGUUGGUACUGUGUAGGUAAAGCAUUGACUUAGGAAUCUAGGGAUGUUUGAUGGUGGCAUGCUUAUUUUUUGCAUUCUGUUCAUUAACCAGACACAACCAUGCUGAAAUAGCAGCCACUUAAAGAACUUCUGCUACUUCUGUCUAGUCUCUUCUGCAUUAUUGACCCAGGAUGCAGGGGGAAAUAGAUGGUGCAGUGCUCGAAUGUGUAAACCAAGUCUACUACUGCUUCCUUUCUGAUUAUCAGUAAGGAACUCAGUGAGCAUAUGAUUCAGUGGGAUCCUUUUGUUUUGUUUUAUAUUUUCCCUUCAAGCUGAGAAGUGCGGCUCUAUUCUUGUUAGCUUUGGGAAAUGGUUGGUUUCUUCUAGUGAUGUUGCUGCAUUCUUAGCUGGUGAAAUUGGAACCCCAGAAGGUUGAACUGAAAUCUUAACCCGGACACCAGAGCUAUCGAGGGAAACAGAGUCGUUUCCACAUACACCGAGUUAGUUGCGGUUAGUGGAGUUCGUUAGUCGGUUACACGAGUAAGGGUUGGUAACUUGGUAUAUAUGUAAACCAGACUUGACAUUUUCAGUUAUGGAGUUUCGAGUUCCUCUUUCCAGCUUC